AUGAAGACACCGGACACCAAAGCCAAGCUGCUGAAUAAUAUAAGUCUAUCUAAACAUCUGUCUUCCAAGAAAGGCGGCUCUCGCACUAGUAACUGCGGCAAUUGUCUGGAAUUCUCCGUGCUCACGCGUCUCUCCAGUGUGCCCUGAAUUUCCCGAACGAUACCAAGCUCAUCUCAGCUCCUGUUGAAACUUGAAAGAAAUCCUUGAAAAUGGUUCACCAAA